UAGGAUGCCGUCUUUAUCUCUCAACCAUAGCACAUCUCUUACCCAUCAUUUUGGUAGAGUGCAUCUUCACGACCUCACUAUUAGGUGAAGAUAUAUAGCAGAAGUGGAGAGAAAGAUUUGAUUUUGGGGGGUGGGAGGGGGGGGAUUGAGAUGAAUCGAAUGUGAUGGGAGCAGGGAUUUCGCAUCUGCUUCCCUGUGUUAACCCGGAGGUGAACCGGGAAGCGGCGGAGGAGGCGGCGGAAUUCUCCGGCGGCGAGCCGCUGGACGAGACUCUGGGCCAUUCGUUCUGCUACGUCAGGUCUUCGGCUCGCUUCGCGGCCUCUCCUCCCCACUCCGAUCGGUUUGUUUCGCCUUCUCAGUCGCUCCGGUUCGACGAGCCGGUUCAGCAGGAGAAGCCCAGACCGGGUGGUGUCCCGGAGACCGGGUUCCGGGCGAUUUCCGGCGCGUCGGUGAGCGCCAAUACGUCCACUCCGAGAACCGUCCUGCAAGUCGAGAAUUUCUACGAGGAUGGGGGUGGUACUGAUGGGAGUACCUUGGGCUUUAGUGGUGGUACUGGAUCGAGGGGUAGUUUCGUCAAUGGAUUCGAGAGUACUUCGUCAUUUACGGCCUUGCCUCUUCAGCCCAUUCCUCGCGGCGGCAGCGGACGGGAGCCGCCGUCCGGUCCGAUGGAGAGGGCCUUCUUCAUGUCCGGUCCGAUCGAGCGAGGAGCCCUAUCUGGACCGCUGGAUUUCCAAACUGGACUAGAUUCCACCUCUAACGGCGUCCCAUUCUCGGCCCCACUGGGAGGUGUUUCUCUAAAGAAGAAAAGGAGGAGGGGCAUUUCGGGAAUUCGCAAGGCUUUGUACCUGAGCUUCCCGGAGAAGAAGAGACAGUGGGUCUUGCCGGUCAGACAUUUUGCCGGCCGGAAAACCGCUCCGCCUCCUCCAAGCUCCGGCCGUCUGCCUGAAAUGAGCCGCGAUAGCAAUGUUCAAUGGGCUUUAGGGAAAGCUGGCGAAGAUAGGGUACACGUGGUUGUAUCAGAAGAGCACGGAUGGCUGUUCGUCGGAAUCUAUGAUGGAUUUAACGGUCCUGAUGCCCCGGAAUUCCUGAUGACCAAUCUGUACAAAGCUAUGCACAAGAAAUUAGAGGGUUUGUUUUGGGACAACGAAGAGAUUGCGCCCGAAGCCCCUGCAAUUUGUGAAAACAUUCAACAGAUUGACAAAGGGUCCGCAAAGAAGGUAACUUUUCAUUCGGAGGAGGAGGUUGUGGUCAGAAGGAGAAGACGACUAUGGGAAUAUUUAGCAGAGGAUCAUCCUGAAGAUGGGCUGGAUCUCUCAGGUUCAGAUAGAUUUGCAUUUUCAGUAGAGGAUGCUAUUAGAGUGAACAAUGCAGGUUCUUCAGUGAGAAGAUCACUGCUGCUAUCAAAACUGAAACACGGAUUGUCUAUGAAGCAUAUGGAUGGUAAGAAGCUGUUUCCAUGGAGGUUUGGUGGGUUGAAAGGGAAGGAGAAAGUUGAGGAGGGGGAGGACAGUUGUAGGGUAGGAGAGGGGAGGAGCGUAGGAAACGGGAGGAGGAGGAAAGUGGGCCCCGUAGACCAUGAGUUAGUGUUGAGAGCAAUGUCUGGGGCUCUGGAGAUGACGGAGAAUGCGUAUUUGGACAUGACUGAUAAGCUUCUUGAUCAGUAUCCGGAGCUUGCGCUGAUGGGUUCUUGUUUGUUGGUGGUUUUGAUGAGGGACGAAGAUGUUUAUGUGAUGAAUGUGGGAGAUAGUCGCGCUAUAGUGGCAAAGUAUGAGCCUACUCUUGAAGAGGCCACUUGUAGUUCGAACUCUAGUGUCAUUGCUGAUCGAGAUACGAUGAGGUUGACCGCUCUGCAGUUGUCCACUGAUCAUAGCACCAGCAUUGAAGAAGAGGUUAGGAGAAUCAAGAAAGAGCAUCCGGAUGACAGCAACUGUAUUGUCAAUGAUAGAGUCAAAGGUCGCCUAAAGGUCACCCGCGCCUUUGGGGCUGGCUCCCUUAAACAGCGUAAGUUGAAUGACGCGUUGUUGGAAAUGUUUCGGAAUGAUUAUAUCGGCAAUGCACCAUAUGUAUCUUGCACCCCUUCUUUACGUCACCAUAGAAUCUGCGCCGGGGAUCAAUUCUUGGUUCUUUCCUCUGAUGGCCUGUACCAAUACUUGACAAACGAGGAAGUCGUUUCCCACGUUGGAACGUUUCUGGACAAAUUUCCCGAGGGAGAUCCUGCUCAACACCUCAUUGAGGAGCUUUUAUUCCGCGCUGCCAAGAAAGCUGGCAUGGAAUUACAUGAGUUGCUCGACAUUCCAACCGGUGACAGAAGGAAGUACCACGAUGAUGUCACUGUCAUGGUAAUCUCGCUCGAAGGAAGGAUCUGGAAGUCGUCGGGAAAAUACCUUUGAAGAAGAACUCACAACCCAGACACAGUGGAACCUCAGCAGCAAAACAAACAUUGGGAAACCUCAGUUUUGGCAAAGAUCUAAUGAUCUGUCUGGUUUCAUUUCAGCAAAGGUUUCAUUAUAUGAAAAGAAGACUGACUGCUCUGCAU